GCCUGGUGGGCGAUGCGGCCCGGCCGGCGGGCGCCGCGCCCGGUCGGUAAAGCCGCCGCGAACGGGAGCUCGGGAGCCGCGGCGGGAUGGCCCGCGAAGGCCCUGCCGCGCCGCCUCGGGGCCUCGCCCGCCGCCCCUCGCUGCUCGCCGCAGGCCGCGCGCCACCGCUACCCGCUGCCUCAGGCCGCCAGCCCGCUCGCUCUGUGCGUCCCUCGCUGGGAGGGCUACUCGCCCAGGAGCGUGCCCUGGAGUCGCCGAGCUCGCCCGGUCCGCAGCACGUUGAGGAUCCCUCUGCCGGUUGCCGGCCCGGCCCGCUCCCCGGCCCUGGAGCAGCUGAUCUCACCCGUGGCCUUCCCAACCAACAGCAGCCCAGACCCAUGUGCAAAAGAGACUGUGCUGAAUGCCAUCAGGGAGAGCAGGAAGAGGGCUGUGGAGCAGGAGGAGGAGGAGGAUGACCAGGCUUUUGAGAAUAACCAGGAGAGCAAGAGAAGGCGCCACGAUAGCAGUGGAAGCGGGCAGUCGGCGUUCGAGCCGCUGGUGACCAACGGUGUCCCAGCCUCUCUCAUACCCAAGCCUGGCCCUCUGAAGAGGGGCCUUGUCUCCCACUGCCCAGAUGACUGCUCAAACAAGAGGUCACGCACCUCUUCCAUGAGCUCGCUCAGCAACACGUACCCCAGCGGCAUCCCCAGCUCCAGCCGCAACGCCAUCGCCAGCUCCUACAGCUCCAGUGGCGGCAUUGCCCAGCUGUGGAAGAGAAGUGGUGUGAGUGUAUCCACACUGUCCAGCCCAGCAUCCUCCCGCCCCCAGACACCGGAGUGGCCUCUGAAGAAAGCCAGGGAAGAGGAGUUGCAACGUUCCAACACUUCCACUCCAGUGAAAUCAGACAAGGAGCUGCAGACAGAGAAAGGAGCUGGUCCUGACUCGUCUCCCUCUGCAGUGGUGGAGACGGUGGUGUGGAGGAAGCAGAACUCGCUGAGCCCUCCGUCCUCGCUGGGCAACGGCGGGAAGCGCAAGCGGAAGAUCCAGCUGCUGUCGCCGGGGGAGCGGCUGGUGCUGCCGCUGCCGCCUCAGCUGGGCUACUGCGUCACGUCGGAGGACCUGGACGCGGAGAAGAGGAGAGCGAUGCAGUGGAUAAACAAAGUCUUGGAGGAUAAGGCUGCAGAUGUAGUCCCCAGCACCACUGCAGAGACCACAGCCGUGUCCAGGCCACUGGUGUUCACCGUGAGCUCCUCAGGGCCUGUACCUGCCUCAGCGACUCCUGCCCUGACCAGCACCAACUCGCUCCUGGACAGCCUGAAGAAGAUGCAGAACAGCCAGGCUGUGCCUGUGCCAGAAGACUCAGCUGAAGCUGCUGUAACAUCCCAACCGCCUCCAUCAGCUGCGCAGCCGGACUCCAGCCCGCUGCCAGCCACCUCUGCUGACACCAAGCCCGUGCCUGCUUUGAGUGCUGCCCCCUCUGCCCCCCUUGCCUUGGGGGUGCAGCCCCCCAGCAGCCUGGCACCGCCUGCAUUCACAGAACUGGGCCAGACCCCCAGCAAACCUCCCUCCUUCCCGAAGCCGAGCAUCCUCUUCGGGACGCUGAGCACCCCUCCUGCCAGCCAGCCAGCAACAACCACGGCCGCUCCUGUGCCCAUCACAGCUUCUCCUGUGCCCGUCACGGCCGCUGUGCCCACCACCAGCCCCGUCUUCAAACCCAUCUUCGGCGUGUUGCCGAAGAGCGAGAGCGCAGUGCCCUGUCCGGCUGUGGGCUCCAGCACAGCCAGCGUGGCUGUGAGCUCGGCUGCUUCCUCCACCUCCUCCUCUGCCACUGUCUUCAAGCCCAUCUUUGGCAGCGUCACCGCAGCUUCCUCUCCAGCCAAGGCCUCUCCUUUCGCCUUCAAACCGGCGUCGCCACCGGCCGCAGCCCCGGAUGCGCCCGCAGCCUCCACAACGGGCCCGGCGGGACUCGCAGCUCUCCCAAACGUCAUCUUCACCACAGCAGCCAGCGCUGCCACCACCCAGGGCUCCUCCAGCGCUGCCACCACCCAGGGCUCCUCCAGCGCUGCCACCACACACGGCUCCUCCACUGAUGCCACCGUUAAGCCCGUCUUCAGCUUUGGCCUCAACCCACCCGCCUCCACCGGCCCCACGGCCAGCCUGACGGUCACCGCCACCACGUCCCAGCCCUUCCUGUUCGGGAGCCCAGCCACCUCAGCUCCCAGCACAGAGACCAGCUUUGCCACCCCGGGACCAGUGUUCCAGUUUGGAAAGCCACCUCCAGCCACGGGCACAGCCACCACCAGUGUCCCAGGAGGCCCUGCCUUUGGCCAGGCACCUUCAAACUCGACGGCUCCUACCACCACCACCACGGCAGGCUUUAGCAUCUUCGGGGGCACCACGCUGACCACAUCCUCCACCACCACCACGACUCAAGCCCCGUUGACGUUCGGCUCCUCCAUCUCGGCUUUCGGCAGCUCGUUCAGCGCGAAGCCGCCGCCGCCGUACCCCAGCGCGGGGCCGCAGCCGCCAUUCAGCGCCGGCGCCGCCGAGAGCCCGCUGCCCGCCCCCAAACCCGCUGCCGGCCCCAGCGCCUUCGGCUCCCCGUUCAGCUUUGGAGCCUCCCCAGCCCAGACCGCGGCUCAGCCGGCGUUCGGCAGCGGGGCCGCGCCGGCCUUCGGCACCGCCAGCACCCAGGGCUCCUUCGGCACCAGCAGCGCCCAGGCGGCCUUCGGCACCGCCGUGCCGGUCUUCUCCUUUGGGACAGUCACCUCCACCACCGCCAGCUUCGCUUCCACCACCCAGACCACGAGCAGCACCACCAUCUUCGGCACCACCCCUUCUCCUUUCCCCUUCGGGGCGAGCGCCCAGCCGGGCCCCUCGGCCAGCGCCUUCGGCAUCGCCGCGGCCACCCCGAGCAGCGGCUCCCCCGCCGCCACCUUCAGCUUCGGCUCCGGGCAGGGCGCGGCCACGCCGGGGCCCGCGGCGCCGUUCGGCUCGUCGCUGCCGCAGAGCGCGCCGGCCGCGCAGAGCCAGAGCACGCCCUUCGCCUUCACCGCGCCCGGCAGCAAACCCGUCUUUGGAGGAUCUCCUGCGCCCGCCUUCGGGCAGAGCACGCCGGUGCUGGGAGCAGCGGGCAGCGGGAGCAGUGGCCUUUCCUUCGGGAUGCCCAGCACUCCUGCCUCGGCCUUCGGAGGAGCCGGCACAUCCUUCGGUUCAUCCACCCCCACCUUUUCCAUCGGGUCGGGAUACAAGACGUGUGCCCGGCAGCGGCUGCAGGCGCGGCGGCAGCACACCCGCAAGAAGUGAGCCCACGGCCGGGCCCCCGCCGCGGCGGGACCUGUGGCGCUGGGGCCAGGCCCCGGCUGCUGCCAGCCACACACCCUGCUGGGUGGCAGCAACUGGGCUGGGAUGGGAUAAACCAAACUCUUCUUACUUGAAUAGCUCCCCCAGCCGAGGCUGGAUGAACCUCUGUACAUAUUUCCCUCCCCGACUUUUAUUUUGCCACGUUUCGUACCGUUCCAACUCUUCCCCCGUUGGCUUCUCGCCCUUUCCGUGCCUCCUCCCCAGCCCCCAGGCUCAGCCCCGCUGCUGCCGGGCUCCCAGGCUGCUGAGGGAUGUUGUCUUCACCAGGUCCCAAGAGCUUUCCCCUCUGUUUCAUCCCGUGGCCUGGUGAACACGCUCCCUGCAAAGGGCUUUGUUCCCUUGCUGUCCCUGCAGAGCACGAGCUGGGGGUCGGUGCCAGCCUGGUGGGCACCUCGGUGUGUGGAUGAGCCAGCACUGGCUUCUCCAGCUGGGUGACGACCCCCUGGCUGGGACUUCACCUCCCAUCAGGCCUCCAGCUGGGAUGUGGGCUGGGGCUCCCCGUGCCCGUGUCUGGCUGCCGAGCAGCCCCCCAGCCCUCGCUGCUCCCCGCGGGGUGUGGGUCCCUCCCUCCGCCCCUGUGCAGCCCCCCUCCCCGUUCUGCUCUCCCGGUGCUCCCGUCCCCCUGCGCUCACUGAAUCGAGUUUGGAGGAAGAGCUGAGCCGUGUGCGUGGCGGCAUGUUGCUUAUGCCGGAUUUGCUGUUUGGAGUCUCACGUUUCUUUGGGGGGUGCCUGUCCCGUUUUGGGGACGUGCCCCGGCUAAUUGGGUGACAGUGCCAUCACCGCGUGGCUGUUUGUGUCGGGGGAGUUGUGUCUGGUGGUGUGACUGAAAGGCAGAUGGGGUCAGGGGUGGGGGGUGGGAGCUGCAGCCCUGGCACUCUCCUCCCUCCCUCUCCUGGUGCUGCCUCCUCACCCCUGGCAGCUCCGGAGCCGCUAACGGGAGGCGCUUCAAGUGUGACGGGCUCCUCAGAUCCCAGCCGGGGUUGAUUUUUAACUCCUCCCGGAUCCGUUGAGGUUUUAGCGGCGCCGCCUCCCCUAUUCCCACCCAGCCAGGAGGGGGCAGCUCCCGCGGAGGAGCGCGGUGCUGGGCGCAGGGGGGGCGGUGCUGGGCUGCCCUGCCCCGGGCCCGUGUGAGUGUGUGUGUCUGCAGAGGUUUCCAUGAAAAACACACAAAAAAAGGGAAAAAAAAAUCACAAAUAUUUAAAAACAAAGGAGUUUUUUAAUCAAAUAAAAGCUUUAUUUUUCUAUUUAAGCUCAAUUGCCUUUGAAUUCCUUCAAGCUUGGUUCAGUGAGGCUGCAGCUGCCCCCUGCCCCCCCCGCAGCCGCAGCCCCUCCCCUCGGCUCUCACCCACCCACCUGGAUGUGACUAAACCUUUCUCGUUGUUGUCGG